AUGGAUAUAGAUAAUUCUAUUUUAAUAAGGGUUGUUCUUUUAGGUGAUUAUUGUGUUGGUAAAACAACUACAGGAUUUGUUUUUGAUGGUAAACAAUUUGAUUUUUCUCGUAAUUGUAAUAUAGGUGUUGAUUUUUUUGUUAAGCAUAUAGUUGUUGAUAAUCAAUGUGUUAGACUACAAGUGUGGGAUACUGGAGGUCAAGAAAGAUUUAAAACAAUUACAAGAUCUUAUUUUAGAAAUACAAGUUGUUGUUUAUUAUUUUUUAGUGUUGAUGAUCAAAAAUCAUUUGAAAAUAUAGAUAUGUGGUAUUCGCUAGCUUUUGAGAAAUAUGAUUUACUUAAUUAUCCAGUAGUUUUAGUUGGUAAUAAAAUUGAUCUUCCACAAGAAAAACAUGUUAUUACAAAAAAAAUGGCUGAAGAAUGGUGUAAAAAUCAACAGACUAAAUUGAAUCUCAAAUUUUCAAUACCCUAUUUUGAAACAUCUGCUAAAAAUAACAUCAAUAUUAAUGAAAUAUUCUAUAGUGCCGCUGAACUUGGUUUAAAAAAUAUUGUAUUUAAAAAUAAUAAUAAUAAUAAUAAUUAUAAUAAUAAUAAUAAAUUAAAUGGAAAUAAAGAAAUUCAAAAUGAAAAAAAUAAAGGAAUGUGUUUUAUAUUAUAA